AUGAUAGAAGUUGAGUACUACGACCAGAAAGUCGUAAAGCGUCACUAUCCCAGAGAGGUAGAUAGUUUAACCGGACGUCUUCAUUUCCACUUCGAUGCUGAUCCAAACCUUUUUCUCGUCAAAAACAACAUUGCGAUUCAUUUCACGAUCGAACUUGACAAGAACUACAUCCCCUGCAAUGGAUUCGCAAGCAAACAGUUUGGAAAAACAGAAGUUGCCGUGAAUUCUCAGAUAAUUGAUAACUCCAAUUCAAACGCGCAUUAUAUGCUAGCUGAUUAUUUGACAAAGCUGACAAACUACGAUCCUCAAUAUGUGAUGACUGCUUUCCAGAUCGAAGGGUACUAUGACGAGUACAAUUUUGAGACACUUGCGACAGAUGCGGCUAAGGAAGAAAUCAGAGACGGUAGGAGACCAGGCUGCUUUGUCAACUCCGAUGGGAAUUAUGUUUACGAACUCAUCUUCUUACCUACUCACGGAUUCUUCCUUGAAAAUAAACCUCUUCCUCUCAACACUGAUCUAUCACUGACGCUCUACCGUCUAAAGCAUGAGUUCUCUACAAUUUUUAUUGGAAGCGACCCAAAUGAUAAGUUGCCGGCUGGAGAAGCUCUCAAAAUAACAGAUGCCUAUGCAAUGGUUGAAUAUGUGUCCUCUACAAGCUUGAGAAAUCAUUUUGCGAGAAUCAAAUCAAAACCGAUCUCCUACAAAUUCAAUGACACUAUGAUAAAGACAAUGGCUUUACCAAAAGGUCGUAAGCAAGUUCAGCUUCUCAAUGUUACUGGUGGAAAUACUCCCGCGUACAUGUUCUUUGGACUCAUCAAAACAGAUGCCUUGUUUGGAUCGGAUGCUUUUGAGUCCACAAAUUUCAGUUUUCAUCAGGAUCUUACUCAAAUAAACGUCACAUUAAAUGGGCAGUCGCUCCAUGGAUAUCCUCAGAAAAUCACGAAUCAGUAUCCAAUUCUCCCUUAUUGGAAAUUUCAAAAUGCUCUUGGAAGAAUCUCUCAAAGCAACUUGUCUUAUGUGACAUCCAUGGAUGCGUACAAGAGCAAUGCAAUUUUCGCUCAUGAAUUUGAGGGCGAGGAAAUAUCACAAGGAUGGCUCUCCUUCACAUUCGAUUUCAACAAACCACUAGAUGACGACGAUGACUAUCACAUUGUUAUAUGGUCAAUUGUGUCUGUCAAACUUACGAUUGACGAACAUAAACAAGUCGAAAAAACGUUAUUGUAA